AUGCAGCGCAAAUUGCUACUAUUGCUUUGCUUGUCGUCAUUCUUUGUUACUCAGAUUGGCGAAACUGGCGGUACAGCUUCAAUCCAUGUGAAGAGCUCUGAGGAGAACUCGUCCGAAGAGUUGCUCUUUCAGACCGAUUCAUCAUACCAGGCAGUAGACACUUAUCUACAACAAGCCGAUAUGACUCCACAACCUCGUGAUCCACGACUGUAUCAACAAAGCCAGCCGAGAUGUGGAUGCUUACAAGUGAUUUUCCUCAGAGUUCCUCAAUAUCAAUGCCAAUGUGGAGGCGCACAAGAAUGGGUGUGUUUCCAGUUGGAAAUUUCCUAA